AUGUUUUUAGUGGAGGUAUCGGGAGUAGGAUUUCCCAAGAAACCUUGGGGGACCACUCUUGUCCCUCGAGACACGUCACUUGGUCGACUCACCAUCGACGUCAACGCCCAUGAGUCCGGUACCACCCAUCAUGGCUCACCGCCGGACCAAACCACCAAAGGAAUCCACUGUCCAGUAUCCAUCACCAGAAACUGGCUAACUUUGUUUUUGUUGACAACACACGUGACAAUUUCUAGAGCAGCCGCAAUAGCUCAGCUGGGAGAGCGUUAG